AUGGUUCACCGUACUACAUUCCUUAUCACCAUUACUAUCCUUCUCGGAAUAUUACACGUCACAUCUGCUAUUGAAUUGACUGGAAGUGGACUUUGUGCCAACGAAGAGGAUUCUUCAGAUUGUUCCCAAGCAUGUUCCUUCUUGGUUCAAGGAAACGGCGAAUGCAUAUUUAACCAGUGUGUCUGCAACGACUUUGAGAAUGGAGAAUGUCAAGGCGAUGAUCACGAAAGCUGUGAUGAAGUCUGUCAAGAAAUUUCACCAGAACUAGUUGGAUAUUUUGACCUUUUUAUUAUACACUACUCAAAACGUGAUGAGUGCAAUUUCGACUUUCUCUGCCUUCCAUAA